AUGCUGCUGACUGCUCGGCCUAUCCCGACUAUCCCAACCAGAAGCCCACGCUACGACGAGGCCAAAACGCUAUGUACCCGGCCGCCGUUUUCUCCGCAGUGCUUCGGAGAUGCUGGCACCACCUUCGUGUGCUGCGACAGCCAGUCGUGCGGGCUGUCCAACGGAGCUGCUGCCACGUGUGCAUCCGGAAAGUACCCGAGCGGGUCGCCUACCCCCUCCAACCCGCCCCCGGCUACUCCGGCACCCACCCCCCAGCGGAACCCCAACUUCGACCCCGUCCAAAGCUCGGUGAGAAUAGGUCCCUCUCUUUAUCGGUCGUUCUUUGGAGCGAAGCAGUUUCAGACCUUUGAUGAAGGUUUACAACAUGUAUAG